CAUUACCCAACCCCCAAAACAGAAAAAACAAAAAACAAAAAAACAAAAAAAAAAACACAAACAAAAUUUAUUUGAUUUUGUAAAUUGUAAUGGCGGAGAUCAACUACCUUAAGCAAGAGGAGCCCAACGUCGUCGACAACGGAGCCGCCGCCGCCGCCAGGACGAAAAGGCUGCUGCUGAUCAUCAACUGCCUAAUCCUAGCCGUCGGAAACUGCGGCGGGCCCAUGAUCAUGCGGCUCUACUUCCUCCACGGGGGGAAGCGCGUGUGGCUCUCCAGCUGCCUCGAAACCGCCGGCUGGCCCAUCAUGCUCAUCCCACUCGCCGCCGCCUACCUCCGCCGCCGCCGCCGCUCCCCAACAACCAAACUCUUCCUCAUCCAGCCCCGCCUCUUCCUCGCCGCCGCCCUCAUCGGCGUGCUCACCGGGUUCGACGACUACCUAUACGCCUACGGCGUCGCCCGGCUCCCCGUGUCGACGUCAGCACUUGUGAUCGCCACGCAGCUGGCGUUCACCGCCGGGUUCGCUUUCCUGCUGGUGAAGCAGAGGUUCACGGCGUACUCGAUAAACGCCGUCGUUUUGCUGACGGUGGGGGCCGGGGUGCUGGCGAUGAAUACUGAUGGGGACCGGCCGAAGGAGGAGUCGCGUAGGGAGUACGCGCUCGGGUUCGUGAUGACGCUGGCGGCGGCGCUGCUGUACGGGUUUAUCUUGCCGCUGGUGGAGCUGGCGUAUAAGAAGGGCGGGCAGGAGAUUAACUACACGGUGGUGCUGGAGUUUCAGAUGGUGAUGUCGCUGUUCGCCACCGUCGUUUGUACCGUCGGCAUGCUGGCUAACCGCGACUUUCAGGCGAUUCCAAGGGAAGCAAGGGGAUCAAGCCUGGGAGAAACCCAAUACUACGUCGUCCUAGUGUUCAGCGCCAUCAUAUGGCAGGCCUUCUUCCUCGGAGCCAUCGGCGUCAUCUUCGUCGGCAGCUCAUUGCUCUCCGGGAUCCUCAUCGCCGUCCUGCUCCCGGUGACGGAGGUACUCGCCGUCAUCUUCUACAGCGAGAGUUUCCACGCGGAGAAAGGCGUCUCCCUCGGCCUUUCCCUCUGGGGAUUCGUCUCCUACUUUUACGGCGAACAUCGCGAGAACAAGAAGAAGAAGUUGAAGCCUCGGCUGUUGUUGGAUUCUGCGCCGCGAACGGAAAUGUCUCAGACCACGAAUCAAACAUGUGUGUGAAUGUCUGAAUCCGUGACAUGUUCAAAAUAAAAGAAUGGAACUAAUUUGGUGGCUGAUUCCUCAUCAGCGCAUGUUUUAAGUGAAGUUAGUAUCGAGAAAGAGAAGUUUUCAUUGUGAUAAAAAGAAAUUAUUAGGGAUAGAUAACGGUUGAUACCCGAAACAUCGGAUAUGAGUCUUAUUUUAUUUUUCUACCCAAUUCUCAGACCACGAAUCAAACAUGUGUGUGAAUGUCUGAAUCCGUGACAUGUUCAAAAUAAAAGAAUGGAACUAAUUUGGUGGCUGAUUCCUCAUCAGCGCAUGUUUUAAGUGAAGUUAGUAUCGAGAAAGAGAAGUUUUCAUUGUGAUAAAAAGAAAUUAUUAGGGAUAGAUAACGGUUGAUACCCGAAACAUCGGAUAUGAGUCUUAUUUUAUUUUUCUACCCAAUUCUCAGACCACGAAUCAAACAUGUGUGUGAAUGUCUGAAUCCGUGACAUGUUCAAAAUAAAAGAAUGGAACUAAUUUGGUGGCUGAUUCCUCAUCAGCGCAUGUUUUAAGUGAAGUUAGUAUCGAGAAAGAGAAGUUUUCAUUGUGAUAAAAAGAAAUUAUUAGGGAUAGAUAACGGUUGAUACCCGAAACAUCGGAUAUGAGUCUUAUUUUAUUUUUCUACCCAAUUCUCAGACCACGAAUCAAACAUGUGUGUGAAUGUCUGAAUCCGUGACAUGUUCAAAAUAAAAGAAUGGAACUAAUUUGGUGGCUGAUUCCUCAUCAGCGCAUGUUUUAAGUGAAGUUAGUAUCGAGAAAGAGAAGUUUUCAUUGUGAUAAAAAGAAAUUAUUAGGGAUAGAUAACGGUUGAUACCCGAAACAUCGGAUAUGAGUCUUAUUUUAUUUUUCUACCCAAUUCUCAGACCACGAAUCAAACAUGUGUGUGAAUGUCUGAAUCCGUGACAUGUUCAAAAUAAAAGAAUGGAACUAAUUUGGUGGCUGAUUCCUCAUCAGCGCAUGUUUUAAGUGAAGUUAGUAUCGAGAAAGAGAAGUUUUCAUUGUGAUAAAAAGAAAUUAUUAGGGAUAGAUAACGGUUGAUACCCGAAACAUCGGAUAUGAGUCUUAUUUUAUUUUUCUACCCAAUUCUCAGACCACGAAUCAAACAUGUGUGUGAAUGUCUGAAUCCGUGACAUGUUCAAAAUAAAAGAAUGGAACUAAUUUGGUGGCUGAUUCCUCAUCAGCGCAUGUUUUAAGUGAAGUUAGUAUCGAGAAAGAGAAGUUUUCAUUGUGAUAAAAAGAAAUUAUUAGGGAUAGAUAACGGUUGAUACCCGAAACAUCGGAUAUGAGCCUUAUUUUAUUUUUCUACCCAAUUCUUGUAUGGGUAUGAGUAAAGCCCGAAGCAUUUUGCUAGAGUAAUGAAUAUGCACUAUCCAUCUCGACCCGAUCCGUUGUCAUUGCUAAUUUAUAUCAAUCAUUUUUCCUUUUGUUCAUUUGACAUAAAUUAGAGAUGACAAAAAUUAAGGACGAUCUGACAGAUACAUUCAUUUUGGUAAAUAUGUCAUAGAAGCCACCGUAAUGAUUUUAGACUCCACUCAUUAAAACAAAAUGACACAAAUGACCAACCAAUAAAAUAAAAAUAAUAACCAACCUCAGGUCGCUGCAUAGCGCAGCAGCACCUAUCUAGUUAUUAUAGAUAAAGUUGAAGUUUGGUU